AUGGCAGAUGAAACAAAUAGCAAGAUAUAUAAACAUGCCGACAGUGACGGCCAGUUUCGCCGCAAGGACUCCGUCUUCCGAUCCUGGGUGUCGCGUUCACCAGGUGCCGAAUUCCCACCGGAAACGGACCGCUACGUGCUUUACAUUAACUACGGAUGUCCGUGGGCGCACAGGGCUAAUAUUGUCCGCUCCCUCAAGGGCCUGGAGGACAUUAUCCAGCUUGUCCUUUGCGAUUUUGAACUCGGUCCAGACGGUUGGAUUUUCUCCGGACAGAACGGCUCUGCAGAGAAGGACCCGCUGUAUGGGUUUACGAAGAUGAACCAGCUGUAUUUCAAGGCAGAUCCGGGAUACUCGGGUCGGUAUACGAUCCCGGUUCUCUGGGAUAAAAAGCGACAGACGAUCGUGAAUAACGAGAGCAGCGAGAUCAUUCGAAUGUUUUACUCCGAGUUUGAUGAUUUACUCCCGGAGGAAAAGCGCGAAGUGAACAAGGCUGGCGGCGGGCUGUACCCCGUGCAUCUGAGAAAGGAUAUCGAUGCAAUGAAUGAGUGGGUAUAUGAUCGCAUAAAUAACGGAGUGUAUAAGACUGGCUUUGCGACGACGCAGGAAGCAUACGAGUCGAACUUAAUCCCGCUAUUUGAGGCACUGGAUCGCGUGGAGGGGCAUCUGGCACAGCCAGGACAUCAGCCGUAUCUCUUUGGAGAGCACAUCACCGAAGCAGAUGUCAGGCUGUAUACGACGAUUGCGCGGUUCGACGUGGCGUAUUACCUGAUCUUCAGAUGCAACUUGAAGCUGAUCCGGCAUGACUAUCCGCUUAUUGACCGGUGGUAUCGAAGGCUAUACUAUGAUGAAUCGGAGAAGACGAACGGGGGAGCGUUCGGGAAGACGACGUUCUUCAAUAUUUACAAAUUCGGUUAUUUGAUAGCACUUGGGAAGAAGCAAGGGAUCGAAAGUUCUCAGCUAGUCAUUCCAGCGGGGCCGAAGCCGGAUAUUCUGCCUCAGGAGGCGUAG